AUGCCUAGCCUUGCAUGGAGACGCCUCAUCCGCUUCAAAGCCACCGACGGACGGAUCCUUCGCGGUGAGCCUCUUAUCGACCGCGACGUCGACUUGGGCUUCAUUACCGAAGCCGACCAAGUUCAAGUCCGCAUUCUAUCCGGAGACGAUAUCUACGACACAACAGGCAAGACCCAACUGACUGAUGAGGUGGCCGUUGUGCAGACACUGCUGGGCCCACUGGCAACGGGAGAGAUCCCGAUCUUGCGCUGUGUGGGGCUGAACUAUGCAAAGCACAUCCGCGAAGCUGGCCGGACCCCACCGCCAUUCCCCUUCAUCUUCUUCAAGCCCAACACAACCGUCCACGACCACGGGGCACCCGUAACGAUUCCCAAGAUAGCACAGGACGAGCAGGCAGAUUACGAAGGCGAGCUGUGCAUGGUAAUCGGCCAAGACGCAAAAGACAUCCCCAUCGACAAAGCCCUCGACUACGUCGCAGCGUACACAGUGGGCAACGACAUCUCGUCGAGAAAACUCCAGCGAGACCCUGCACUCGCCGGCCGCGUCCCGCAGUGGGGGUUCUCGAAGGGCUUCGACACCUACGCGCCCCUGGGUCCGUGUCUCGUCGCUCGUUCGGAGAUCCCCGAUCCAGGCACAUUGCAGCUACGCACUACCAUCGAUGGAGAGGUAAGACAGGAUGAAGGCGUGGCGGAUUUACUGUUCGACUGUGCGUACCUGGUUUCCUACCUCUCGCAGGGCACUACGCUGCAGAAGGGGAGCGUCAUUAUGACUGGCACGCCUGGAGGUGUUGGUGCUGGACUGCAACCGCCACGGUAUUUGGUCCCUGGGACCCAGAUGGAGGUUUGGGUUUCUGGGAUUGGGACGCUGAGGAAUAGUGUUGAAUUCGCAUGA